AUGGGCAAUAAAGCCCAGACCGAACCCAGUUCCGUCCAUGCAGAGAACAUCGCCGAUCUACCUUCAGAUACGCAUGAUGCGAAUCACUUCCAGCCAGGGUGGAAGCCUGGAACGCGGCCGGAUGGGGACACUGCCAUGGCUCUCUUCAACGACCCAGAUGUCCUCCAUCAAGAGAUUGACCCCUUGGAGGCAAGGAAAUUGCUUCGGAAGAUCGACUUGAUGAUUUUGCCUUACCUGGCCGUUUGUUAUGCAUUCUUCUAUAUCGAUAAGACCACCCUUAGUUAUGCGGCGAUCUUUGGGAUCCAGGAGGAUUUGAAUCUCCAUGGCACACAAUACAGUUGGCUGUCGAGUGUAUUCUACUUCGGAUUCCUCGCAUGGGCCUUUCCGACCAAUUUCCUCAUGCAACGCUUACCUAUAGGAAAAUAUCUUGGUGCGAACAUAUUCAUGUGGGGAGUCUUUCUCAUCAUUCAAGCCGCUUGUCAUAAUUUCGCCACUCUUGCUGUCUUACGAGCCUUGGGAGGCGCGGCCGAAGCUUGCGCUGACCCAGCUUUUAUGCUUAUAACGAGCAUGUGGUAUACGAGACGAGAGCAGCCGGUACGAAUUGGGCUCUGGUAUACGGCCAACGGCCUUGGAAUCGCAUUGGGUGGCCUCCUGGGUUAUGGGAUAGGGCAUAUCAGAGGAGCACUUCCUUCGUGGAAGUACGAGUUCAUUGUCAUUGGCUGUCUUUGUUCCACUUGGGGUAUAGUGAUGUUCUUCUUGCUUCCUGACUCGCCAGUGACGGCGCCUCUGCUUAGCAAACGAGAGCGUCGUAUUGCAGUCGAACGGCUUCGAGAGAACCAGACUGGUGUUGAGAACAAGCACAUCAAACUGCACCAGAUUCGCGAAGCCUUCCUAGACUACAAACUAUAUUUCUUCUUCGCCUUGGGCUUAGUCUGCAACAUACCCAACGGUGGAAUCUCCAACUUUGGAACACUCAUCAUCAAAGGAUUUGGGUUCUCUACUCUUGUGACAACCCUCAUGCAGAUUCCCUACGGAGUCUUGAUUGCCUUGUCGAUUCUGACCUGUGUCUAUCUCAAUGACCGGUUCGAGAACAGACGCUGCCUGUUCAUUGUUAUCUUUCUAUUGCCCAACAUAGCCGGAGCAUUUGGUCUUCGCUUUGUGCCCCAGGAUCAGAAAGUCGGUCGCUUGAUCUGUUACUAUUUGACCGGACCGUACAAUGCAGCAUUUGUCUUGGUUCUCAGCAUGCAGAUCGCGAAUACAGCAGGCCACACAAAGAAAGUCGUCACCAACGCCGUGCUAUUCCUGGGCUACUGCACCGGCAACAUCGCAGGCCCGUUCUUCUACAAGACAAACCAAGCCCCAACCUACGAGCUCGGAAUCUGGUCCAUGAUCGUCUGCCACCUGCUCGAGGUUGUCCUCAUCUCGACCCUAGGUUUCCUGCUUCGCUGGGAGAACCAGCGCCGCGAUCGGAUCCAGUCUCAGACCGAGGGAGGCUUGGAGGGUAGAGAUCUUGAUUCGACUGCUUUCUUGGACUUGACGGAUCGGGAGAAUUUGAAGUACGUCCUGCCGCUUCGUGUUUUCCUGCAUUCUUCUGGAAGACCUGCCUUUUUGUGUUUGGAUGCUCUUGCUCCGAAGUCUGUUCUUUGCUAAUACGAAACCAGUUUUCGGUACAUAUACUAGAUGACACAGAGAGGAUGUCCAAAAUGGAAUGUGCUGUUAUGUGCUUCGCAAGUCCUGCGUUGGGCCUUAGGUAUGCUCAUAUGCUCAGUGCAUACAACAAUAUCCGAAAUGUAUAACAAUAUGUAGAUGCAUCCUUCGUAUUGUGGAAUAGAGCACCUGCAAAGUCCCCCAUCCCAAACCAAAGACAAACUACUUGCCAUGUAAACUGCGAAGGAAAAAAGAAAAGCCAAGAGGAAAUCCCAGAUCUUUUGAUUUGAACUGUAUCCGAAACACGAAACGAGAUAAAAAACGAACAC